CCACUUGAUUCCCCCACCAUCACGGGUUGCUACAAUACAACAUGUGUUUCAAACCCCUUUCCCUAUUAAAUAAACCCAAACCCACAAACCCAUCCACACCAAAGAUGGCAUCCAAAAACAGAGCUGCAUCCUCUGUUUUUGCCAUUCUAGCCAUCUUCAUCCUAUUCCAUCCCAAUGUCUCAGCCCAAAACAACCCCGUUUUCGCCUGCGAUAUCGACAACAACCCCGGCUUGAAAAACUUCACCUUCUGUGACUCAUCACUGGAUGUGCAAACCAGGGUUGAUGAUCUUGUCAAAAGGCUGACAUUGCAGGAGAAGAUUGUGAAUUUGGUUAAUAAUGCUGGCAGCAUUGAUCGGCUCGGGAUACCCAAGUACGAGUGGUGGUCUGAGGCGUUGCACGGUGUUUCGUACGUGGGUCCGGGGACCCACUUCUCCAGUCUGGUCCCCGGAGCCACUAGCUUCCCUCAAGUCAUCCUAACCGCCGCAUCGUUUAAUGAGACACUGUUCAAGACCAUUGGACAGGUGGUUUCAACUGAAGCUAGAGCAAUGUAUAAUGUUGGUUUGGCAGGACUAACGUUUUGGUCUCCUAAUAUUAAUAUUUUUCGUGAUCCGAGGUGGGGUAGGGGCCAAGAAACCCCGGGUGAAGACCCGACCCUAACAAGUAAAUAUGGAGCGGCGUAUGUUCAAGGUUUACAAGAACGAGAUGAUGGUGAUAAAGAUCGCCUCAAAGUCGGGGCUUGUUGUAAGCAUUACACGGCUUAUGAUGUUGAUAACUGGAAAGGCAUUGAACGAUACAAUUUUAAUGCUGUGGUUACAAAACAAGAUAUGGAUGAUACAUAUCAACCACCAUUCAAGAGCUGUGUUUUGGAUGGUAAUGUUGCAAGUGUUAUGUGUUCUUACAAUCAAGUCAAUGGCAAGCCAACUUGUGGUGACCCGGAUCUUCUAACUGGUGUUAUUCGGGGCGAGUGGAAGUUAAACGGAUAUAUAAGUUCAGACUGCGAUUCGCUAGAUGUGAUGUUCAAGAAUCAGCAUUGGGAGAAUACUCCCGAGAAAAUUGCAGCCGAUGCGUUAAUAGCAGGGUUGGAUCUCAACUGUGGGAACUUCUUGGGGCAACACACGGAAGCUGCCAUUAAAGCGGGCUUGGUGAAAGAAUCUGAGGUCGAUAGGGCGGUUACUAACAACUUUGCAACACUUAUGAGACUUGGGUUCUUUGAUGGUAACCCAAGCAAGCAAAUCUAUGGGAAACUCGGCCCGAAAGAUGUGUGCACACCGGCUAACCAGGAGCUAGCCCGUGAGGCAGCUCGACAAGGAAUUGUGUUGCUUAAGAACAGUGUUGGAUCCUUGCCUCUUUCUCCAACAGCCAUUAAGUCACUAGCUGUGAUCGGGCCUAACGCCAAUGUCACAAAGACCAUGAUCGGCAACUAUGAAGGUACCCCUUGCAAAUAUACAACACCCCUUCAAGGACUGACAGCCUCAGUGGCAACAGUAUACCAGGCCGGGUGUGCAAAUGUUGCGUGCGGUACAGCACAAGUAGACGAAGCGAAGAAAGUAGCGGCUGCAGCAGAUGCUGUGGUUUUAGUAAUGGGUAGUGAUCUAUCUAUAGAGGCCGAGAGUCGAGACCGUAUCGACAUUACCCUUCCGGGCCAACAAAACCUCUUGAUUACCGAGGUUGCAAGUGUAUCUAAAGGCCCGGUCAUUCUUGUAAUAAUGUCCGGAGGGGGAAUGGACGUCCAGUUUGCCAAAGAGAACCCGAAAAUCACCAGCAUUUUAUGGGUCGGGUUCCCUGGCGAAGCUGGUGGCGCGGCACUAGCUGAUAUCGUAUUCGGGGAGUAUAACCCGAGUGGAAGACUACCCAUGUCAUGGUACCCACAAUCAUACACAGAAAAGGUGAACAUGACCAAUAUGAACAUGCGGCCCGACCCGGCCACAGGCUACCCGGGCCGAACCUACCGGUUUUACACAGGAGACACGGUUUAUACAUUCGGUGACGGUCUAAGCUAUUCAAAAUUCAAUCACCACCUCGUUGAAGCGCCUAAACUUGUGUCCGUCCCAUUAGAGGAAGGACACGAAUGCCGAUCAUCUAAAUGUAAGUCGAUCGACACAGUCGAGCAAACGUGCAAGAACUUAGCAUUUAACAUUCAUUUGCGGGUGACAAACAAUGGGACAAUGGGUGGAAGCCAUACAGUGUUCUUGUUUUCGUCGCCUCCAGCGGUCCAUGGUGCGCCCCAGAAGCAUUUGUUGGGGUUCCAGAAGGUGCAUUUGGCACCGAGACAACAAAGCGUGGUCCGGUUCGGUGUGGAUGUGUGCAAGGACUUGAGUUUGGUUGAUGAAGUUGGCAACAAAAAGGUUGCAUUGGGGCAACAUGUGCUUCAUGUGGGAGACUUGAAACACUCACUAAAUGUGAGGAUAUGAUUGGGUGUUUUAUUCUUUUGGUGGGUUAUAAGUUGUUCAGAUUCAUGAAAAGAUAAUGGAAGUCAUCGUAAGAUGCAAUUUAAUCAAUUUGUGAUCAAAAUUAUUGAACUGUU